CAGUUGCCCUAGAAAAUCAUCUCGACAAGCAGAGCUCCAAUGGCCGCCCCGCCCCGCCCCAUGCUUUCGCUCGCCGCCGUCGCCGUCCUAGCCGUCGUCGGCCUCCUCGCCGCGGCAGCCGACGCCACCGCCAUUAAUGGCUUCAACGUGGAGACGGUGUGCGUCAAGACGACGGACGUGAAGGGGUGCCAGUUCCUGGUGGAGACCCUGCCGCCGAACGUGCUGGCGAAGCCGGACGCCCGGAGCGUCGCCGGCGAGUGCGUGAAGCUCGGCUCGUUGUGGACGAUACAGUACUCGCUGGGCGCCGUGAAGGCCCUGGAGGAGUGCAAGAAGCCCAACAAGUGCCUCUCCGACUGCAUGAAGACCUUCAGCGCCGUGAGCGUGGCCCUGGACCCCCCCGGCGUCGGGGCGGAGGAGAUGCUCCCGACCAUCCACCGCCGCCUCUCGGUGCUGCUCCGCGGCACCGCCGAGCAGCCGCGGCGGCGCCCGCCGAUCUGCAAGACGUGCUGCGACACCGUCGAGUGCCCGGCCAGCAUGGUCCAGGUCGUGACGCAGUUCCGGCGCGUGUGGGCCCUGGCCGACUUCACCGACGCCGUCCUCGACAUGCUGUACCCCGCCGCCAAGGAGGCUAAGACGGAGACGGAGGCGGCGUACGGUGAGGAAACCAAGUCCGAGACCACCCCGGCAACCGAAUCAGCCGCCAAGAAGCCGUAUGGCGAGGAACCUAAGUCCGAGACGGCGGCAUCUCCCAAAGAAACGACAGAGGCGGCGGCCACCUCCCCGGCGACGGAGGAGACGACGGCGGCCACCCCGGCAAUCGAAUCAGUCGCCAAGACGACGUAUGGUGAGGAAACCAAGUCCGAGACGCCAGAAUCUCCCAAGGAAAUGAAGGAGGCGUCGACCACCUUCCCGGGCACGGAGGAGGCGACGACCACCCCGGCAACCGAAGAAUCAGCCGCCAAGAAGCCGUAUGGUGAGGAAACCAAGUCCGAGACUCCAGAAUCUCCCAAAGAAAUGAAGGAGGCGUCGGCCACCUUCCCGGCGACGGAGACGGCGGCGACGACCACCCCGGCAACCGAAGAAUCAGCCGCCAAGAAGCCGUAUGGUGAGGAAACUAAGUCCGAGACGCCAGAAUCUCCCAAAGAAACGAAGGAGGCACCGGCGACAGAGACGGCACCGGCGACAGAGACGGCACCGGCACCGGCGGCGACGGAGACCGCUACCACCACCCCGGCGACCGAGGCGCCCACGACCUCGCCGGCGACGGAGAUACAGACAGCUUCUAAGACCUCCCCAGCAACCGAGGAGGCGGCGGCGACCACCCCGGCAACCGAAUCAAGCGCCAAGGAUGCGUACGGUGGUGAGACCAAGUCCGAGACCGCGCCUGCAUCUCCCAAAGAAGCUACCGCCGCAGAGUCGACGACCGCCCCGGCGACGGAGACGGCUGCGACCGCGCCGGCGACGGAGAAGGCGCCGACCGAAUCACCCGCCAAGGAUGCGUAUGGCGGCGAACCCAAGUCUGAGAAGGCGAAGGAAGAAUCUCCCAAGGAAACCUAUGCGCAGGCGCCCCCCGUGACAACCUAUGACUAAGUACUACCAACAUAUGGCAUUUCCUAUCUGAAAGGAUAUUGUUCUACGAACUUAUAAAUAAAUUGUUGGAAAAUUGUCGCCGACAAUUUUGAUCCAUGUCAUUUCGAUUUGGCCUUGAAAGGUCUUCAAUCAAUGUAAUAAAGGGUAUUUUUUUGCCUCA